GAGAUGGUCGACUGCAAGGCCUGCAACCGUUCCUUUGGAAGCCUUGAAUCUCUUGGACAACAUGAUUCAAGCAAACAUCGGAGCAUCUAUUGUGAAAGAUGCCGACGAUUCUUCUCGUAUCCCCAAGCCAAGCAGCAACAUAUUGUCGACUCUCCCCGCCAUAAUAUCUGCCACUUUUGCUCGGAUAAGCCUGAUUUUCAUUCGGACGAGGACCUUACCGAGCACCUCGUAGAGGAACACAACAUGUGCGAUAUCUGCGAGCGUAUGUUCUCCCAGCCGCUUGCCAUGAAACCUACAUGUGAUACUCUCGAUAUUCAGCGACUGACGCUUCAUGUUUCUCAGCAUCGCAAGACACACGCUGCAAAGAACACAGAGUGCUACGGAUGCGAUCGACGUUUUACUUCCCGCUCGGCGAUGGUAUUACACCUUGAAGCCGGGACCUGCGAGUCAGGCGUGGAUGCGGAUUUUGUAACCCAGAGAGCCCUCGAAUACCCCAGGCGCUAUGUUUAUCUCUGUACUGAUGAUCCGGACUUUGAUUUCAAAUGUCCAGCAUGCGAGAGGCCCUUCACUUGGAUGAGCGGUCUCCUGCAACACGUGGAAAACGCAGAGUCCUGCAACACGCAACAGGACGCGUGGGAGCCUUUGCUUGGAUUUUUGAGCUACUUGGCUAGGACAAUCCGAAGAACAUGA